UCCGCCGCCGAGCUGCGCCGAGCCGGCCCGGGCUGCAGGGUCUGACUGCGCCGGGCGCCCGCGGGCCCAGCGGUGCCACUGGCCAUUGUCCAGACAGGUGUGUGCAAGCCAAAGAAGCAUGAGGACCCUGGAAGACUCCUCAGGGACAGUCCUGCACCGCCUCAUCCAGGAGCAGCUGCGCUACGGCAACCUGACGGAGACGCGUACGCUGCUGGCCAUCCAGCAGCAGGCCCUGCGUGGUGGGGCCGGAGCUGGGGGCACAGGGAGCCCCCAGGCUUCCCUGGAGAUCUUGGCACCCGAGGACAGUCAGGUGCUGCAGCAGGCCACAAGGCAGGAGCCCCAGGGCCAGGAGCACCAGGGCGGUGAGACACACCUGGCAGAGAACACCCUCUACCGGCUGUGCCCCCAGCCCAACAAGGGCGAGGAGCUGCCCACCUAUGAGGAGGCCAAAGCCCAUUCACAGUACUAUGCGGCCCAGCAGGCAGGGCCCCGGCCUCAUGGUGGGGAUCGGGAUCCUCGUGGAGCCCCGGGAGGCAGUCGGCGGCAGGAUGAGGCCCUGCGGGAGCUGAGGCAUGGGCACGUGCGCUCCCUGAGUGAACGGCUUCUGCAGCUGUCCCUGGAGAGGAACGGCGCCCGGGUCCCCAGCCACAUGAGCUCCUCCCACAGCUUCCCACAGCUGGCCCGCAGCCAGCAGGGACCCCCACCCCGGGGCCCCCCUGCUGAGGGCCCAGAGCCCCGUGGACCCCCACCUCAGUACCCACAUGUUGUACUAGCUCAUGAGACCACCACUGCUGUCGCUGACCCACGGUACCGCACCCGCGGCAGCCCACACUUCCAGCAUGCUGAAGUCAGGAUCCUGCAGGCCCAGGUGCCUCCUGUGUUUCUCCAGCAGCAGCAGCAGUACCAGUACCUGCAGCAGCCCCAGGAGCAUCCCCCGCCGCCACACCCAGCCACUCUCAGCCAUGGCCCCCUGGGCUCUCUCAGUCCACCUGGGGUGGAGGGGCCAGCAAGCGCCCAGGCCUCCUCAGGUAGUGCCCACCUGGCCCAGAUGGAGACUGUGCUGAGGGAGAAUGCCAGGCUGCAGAGAGACAAUGAGAGGCUGCACAGGGAGCUAGAGAGCUCAGCGGAGAAGGCUGGCCGCAUUGAGAAGCUGGAAGGUGAGAUCCAGCGGCUCUCUGAGGCCCAUGAGAGCCUGACAAGAGCCUCUUCCAAGCGGGAGGCCCUGGAGAAGACUAUGCGGAACAAGAUGGACAGUGAGAUGAGGAGGCUGCAGGACUUCAACCGGGAUCUUAGAGAGAGAUUGGAAUCUGCAAACCGCCGACUGGCAAGCAAGACACAGGAGGCUCAGACGGGCAGUCAGGACAUGGUGGCCAAGCUGCUUGCUCAGAGCUACGAGCAGCAGCAAGAGCAGGAGAAGCUGGAGCGGGAGAUGGUUCUGCUGCGCGGCGCCAUCGAGGACCAGAGGCGGCGUGCCGAGCUGCUGGAGCAGGCCCUGGGCAAUGCGCAGGGCCGGGCAGCACGAGCUGAGGAGGAGCUGCGCAAGAAGCAGGCGUACGUGGAGAAGGUGGAGCGGCUGCAGCAGGCACUCGGGCAGCUGCAGGCCGCCUGCGAGAAGCGGGAGCAGCUGGAGCUGCGUCUGCGGACGCGCCUGGAGCAGGAACUCAAGGCCCUGCGUGCACAGCAGAGACAGGCAGGCACCCCUAGUAGUGGCAGUGGCAGUGGUGGGUCCCCAGAGCUUAGUGCUCUGCGGCUGUCGGAGCAACUGCGUGAGAAGGAGGAGCAGAUCCUGGCACUGGAGGCUGACAUGACCAAGUGGGAACAGAAGUAUCUGGAGGAACGUGCCAUGAGGCAGUUUGCCAUGGACGCGGCCGCCACAGCUGCCGCACAGCGCGACACCACCCUCAUCCGACACUCCCCUCAGCCCUCGCCCAGCAGCAGCUUCAACGAGGGCCUGCUCACCGGCGGCCACAGGCAUCAGGAGAUGGAAAGCAGGUUAAAGGUGCUCCAUGCCCAGAUCCUGGAGAAGGAUGCAGUGAUCAAGGUCCUUCAGCAACGCUCCAGGAAAGACCCUGGCAAGGCCACCCAGGGCUCCCUGCGGCCUGCCAAGUCGGUGCCAUCUAUCUUUGCGGCUGCAGCAGCAGGGACCCAGGGCUGGCAAGGGUUCUCAUCUAGUGAGCGGCAAGUGGAUGCCCCUGCCCGACUAGCAACAGCAGACAGGGCACCCUCGGAGGAGCUGGUGGCCGCAGCUCCCCUCCCUGCCCAUGCCAAACACGGGAGCAGAGAUGGGAGCACACAGACUGAUGGCCUAGCAGAUGGCGCCUCUGCCUGCCUGGCCCCAGAGCCCGGCAGCCUGCUGGGGUUCAGCAGUGGCCAGAGGGCAGCCUCUCUGGACUCAGUAGCUACGUCCAGAGUCCAGGACUUGUCGGACAUGGUGGAGAUACUGAUCUGAAAGAGCUGGGGCCUUGGGGACUCUGAACCUUUCCCUCCCCUCCUUUGUCCUUUACCACUUGGCCAUUCCAGCAGCCUCCUUCAACUGCUGCCGCCCCACUUACCCCAGCCAGACACUUGUUCCUGCUGACUGUCUGGUCCUGGGAGCUUGGGAAGGAGUGCUACGGGGCUGAGGGGAGCUGUGAGAGCCCCAGCGCCCCGGAAGACUCUGCCUCUUAGCCCACAUCCCUCCCGGGCCUGUGGAGCAUGAGGAUUCAGCCUUCACCUGCUGCCCGAGGCUUGCUGCUGGGGUAGCAACUGAAAGCUCAGAAAGGAGCUGAGCCCCUUGUGCCCACCAGUCAGCACUCAGGCAGGGAGGGAGGGGAUAUGUUCGUCUGGGAGCUGAUCUCCAAGGGCUGCCCAUGGACACCAAGUGGGCUGGUUCAGUAUCAAGUCAGCCAUGCUGUUCUCUGGCUAAGUGUGGUCCCAGCCAACCUCAUCGGCUCAUGAGUUCCUCACUGCCUCUUUGGAUCACUAAGACUCGAAUCUCUGGGGACAGUUGAAGGUAUUGGUCUUGCAGAAGCCACAGCCUCAGCUCCUCCCUUGCAGUGGGUUAGGGGCCAUUUACGUGGACAGUGUGCAGUUUGUAUAUAACUCCCUCUUUUGUGGAACAGAAGAUUGAGGGCUGCUGGUUCAGAUUUGUCUUCUUGGGCUGUGCUGCCCUGUCCCUGCUGCCACCGUUCCUGAAACUUCCAACUGGCCUCCCAGUUAUUUCUCCUUCUCAACUUGGCCCAUGGAUUUAACUCCGGCUGAUUUGCAGGAUAUCGGCUGCCUUUUCCUCCAUCUUGAACUCAGCACUACAUGCCCACGGGACCCCCAUCACCAGCCUCUUGAAAUAGCCCCACAGCUCCUGUCCCUGGGACACCCUGUUAGUUUGGUUGUAAACCCUGAGCCAGACGAAAUGAGCCACCACACACAGACAUCUGCCAUGCCCUCCUGCGGGCUCGGGUGGCCCUACCCAGCACCAGUUCUGUCUAUGGAAACUGGAGAAGUUGUCUUGUUCUCGUGUCUUUGUCCCUACCUGGAAGGACUGGGAGAGGGAGCUGUGCUGUUGAAAACCAGUCAACGAGCUACAAGAUAUGACUCGGAUAAUCCUCUGAACGGAGCCCCCAUCACAGAAUGGCGUCCACAACAUACUUUGGCAUUAGGGUGAAGCACCCCACAGAGCAGCCAACCAGCACCAGUGACUUUGACUUCCGGUCAUAAAGAGUCCCCCAGUUCAGCCCCAAGAACUGUUGGUGGGUUUUAGCAGUUUUGUCUUUACUGUUUUUAGUUCUCCUUGAAUCUUUGUGGUUUUUUUCCUCUAUUGUUUUUAGGUUCUGUAUGUGUUGUUUUAUUCCUAUGAUUCCUCAAGUUUCCUUUUUAAACAUUUGCAUUUGCUGGACAUUUGCAUAUUUUUUUAAGUUCCCUUACCCCAGUUUAAAGCUAAAAAAAAUACAUUUGGUUCAUGUGCAUUGUUUACAAAGCAAAAAGAAAGAAGAGAAAAAAAGGCAAAAAAUAUGUGAAAGAAAAAAAAAACAACAACUUAAUAUAUUUUGGAUUAAUAUUUGGUGUUUCUUUUAAAGUAUUUUUUGUGCUGUGAACAUUUUCUGCCAAAGACCAUGAUGUGUGUCUGUGUGUUUAAGUUAUCGUAAAUAUUUAAAAUGUAAACAUGGCUGUUUUGUUAUGCCACCCUGUACCAGGAUUGC